AUGAGCGUUGAUACUCCUAAAGUGAUGAUUGUCGGAGCAGGCAUUGGAGGACUAUUCCUUGGAAUGUUAUUGGAGAGCCUAGGGUGUCCAUACCAUAUCUAUGAACGCGCUACCGAGCACCGCGCACUAGGCUCCGUUUUGGCAUUGGGAGCCAACGUUCUUCCUGUGUUCGAACAAUUGGGUUUACUUCAACAGAUAGAGGAGAUCUCUUUGCCAUGUUACUCUAUGGAGCUGUAUAGACAUGAUAUGACACUCUUUAAGUCAAUCGAAACAGACAGUGUAAAAGAAACCGGAUAUGAAAGUCUGUUGUUUGAGCGCCCAAAGCUUUAUGAUGUGCUCUUAAAACAGAUUCCUUCCGAAAAAAUUACCAUGGGCAAGCGCGUCCUCAAAAUAGAAGAAAAGGAUGAUCAAGUGAUAAUCCAUUGUGCGGACAACACUUCAUUUGAAGGAGAUAUCGUAGUUGGAGCAGAUGGCGCCUAUAGCAGUGUCCGUCAGAGUAUAUACAAGCGGAUGGAGAACAUGGGGACCUUACCCAAGUCUGACAAGGAUGGUCAUUCAAUCGGAAGUAUUUGUACGGUCGGCGUAGCGCAGUUGCCAGAUCUCGAGAAGUACCCUUCGCUUCAAGCCAACCGUUCUUCUUUUGCCGUGACUCUAGGAGAGAACCUUAGAUCUGUAACCAUUGUUUCUUUUGAGCGUGCAUAA